AUGUCUACUCUUCCCCAUCAUUUUACCAUCACCGUCGAUGGCAAGCACGUCGCCAAGCCCGUACAAAAGAGCGAAGAAAUGUUCCAGGCUGAGUCUGGUGACGAGCCUGCCGUCUUUGAGCUCAAGGGUGACCGUCUUAUCAGCGGUGAUUUCACUCUGGGCCGAUGGAUUGUUGAGGAUUUAAGCAGCCACCCGAAGCCCGUCAUGUGGCGCAAGAAUGAAGAGGAAUCACGGGACCUACGACCUGUGACCGUCACACACGGCAUCAAUGGCCCAGAGAUCAGGUUCUAUGAUUCUCAAGGCAUUGCCAUUCACGACGGCAAGCUCUUUGCAAUUAUGGAUCAGAACAAAGAGGAGAGCCAGUCGGUAGAGAUCAGUGCCGUUGAGGAAUAG